GUUAGCAAUCUUCCGUUAGCAUUUAGCUAGCUCAAUGCACCGAUGUCUAUUUUCUACACUCUAUGGAGCAGCAGCCUCAGCCCCGUCACUGUGGUCGGUGUUGGUCGGUGUUCGAGUCGCAUAUACGGACCGGCGAAGCGGCAGACAGGUCACGCUGCAGUGAUGUCAUCAGGCCUCCUCUUCCUCCAUCUCUGCCUCAUCUUCACCCUGGCCGCGACGUUGGAGUUUCGUUACCACAACAACCCUGAGAUCGAGCAGUACCUCCUCCAGGUCAACGCCUCCAACCCCGCCAUCACACACCUGUACAGCAUCGGCCAGUCUGUCAGAGGCCAGCAGUUGUGGGUUUUGGCUCUGGGUCUCAGUCCUCGCCGUCACACCGUCGGCAUCCCCGAGUUCAAAUAUGUGGCUAACAUGCAUGGAAACGAGGUUCUUGGCCGGGUGGUGCUGCUACAGCUAAUCGACGACCUGGUGCGUGGUUACCGUAACAACGAAACGUGGUCAUUGCAGUUACUCAACAGCACCCGCAUCCACAUCCUGCCGACGAUGAACCCAGACGGCUUCGAUGAAUCGGACACAAUUACCAGUAGCUCCCCAGGAAUACAGUGAACAGCCCAUGUCUCUGUCAAUUUCAGGGCCAACUAUAACGGCGUUGAUCUGAACAGGAACUUCCCCGAUGCUUUCGCUGGUCUCCGGAGGCAGCCGCAGCUCGCCGAGAAGAAUCGUGAGGCAGAGGUCAGAGCUGUGAUUGGCUGGUUGAGGACUGAGAGUUUUGUUCUCUCUGCCAACCUUCAUGGAGGUGCUUUGGUGGCCAGUUAUCCUUACGACAACAGCAACGGAGGCAGCGAGCUGGUGGGCGGGGCCAGCGUCCCCCCUGAUGACGAUGUGUUCGUCCACCUAGCCAAGGUUUACUCCUACAACCACGCUUCUAUGUACCAGGGUGACCGCUGCGGUGACAGCAGGCCGUUCCUGGAGGGCAUCACCAACGGAUACCAGUGGUACCCUUUGGCAGGUGGGAUGCAGGACUAUAACUAUGUGUGGGCGCAGUGUUUGGAGUUGACUCUGGAGAUUUCCUGCUGCAAGUUUCCUCCAGUCCAACAACUUCCUGCUCUGUGGACGGAGAACAGGAAGUCUCUGCUGGCCUUCAUCCAGCAGGUCCACCUGGGGGUCAAAGGUCGUGUUUUCGAUGGCUCCGGAGUGCCGGUCCAGAACGCGGUGGUGGAGGUCGAAGGUCGCACCAAUAUGUGUCCAUUCAGAACCGACCGACACGGAGAGUACUACCGACUGCUGCUGCCUGGAAACUACAGCUUCACAGUGACGUACCCGGGUCACGAGGUUUUGACGGAGACUCUUAACGUCCCGCACGGUCCCGAUCGCUACUCGGCCAUGAAACACGACUUCAUGUUACGCCGCAUCACCACCUCGGCUAACCCCACCCAGGCUAACCCCACCCAGGCUAACCCCACCCAGGCUAGCCUCACCCCUAGCUGCGACUACAAUUUACGUCUGGAGGCGGGCGGAGUCGUCCCCGGGCCCACGUGGACGGGGCUGGGCGCGGGGCUCGGCCUGGCGGCGGCGCUCCGAUCCCUGGUUGGCUGAAGCUGCCUGGCGCUCGGCGCGACGCUCGCGGGUUUGAUCCCUCAGCCUGCAAGAAAACAAACAACAAGAGGUCCUGCAGAGGUUUCUGGAGGUUCACCAUUCGCCACCAGCUUCGUCACCAUAGAAGUAUUCAAACUCAAGGGCAAGGGGAGGGGGGGGGGGAGUUAAAAGCCCUAAUCACGGCAGAAAGUUCACAUGUCCUCACCUAAUAGGUGGUGCUGGAAGCUUUGGGACGUGGUGACUACUCGCCAAGUCGUUUUCACAGAAGACAUUACAUUACACAACAUACACAAAUUUAUUUUUCACUUUUGUUAACAUUGUGAGAUAAGGCACGGCCUUGAGUGCCCUGCUAGUUAAUGCAGCAAUGAUUUGGGAAAUCCCUUCUAAGAAGUGAAAUGAACUACUGAAGAGCUGACCAUGUGAGAAAAAUAUUUAUCUACUUUGUAUUUCUAGAAAGAAAUAGUUUUUUUCAAUACCAAUUCAGGAGCGCUCCUAAGACGAGGAAGAACUAAAAAAAAAGACAAUAAUAGUGCAGCCACACUGCCACUUUCCUGCAUCAUAGAGAGACGUUCUGCACAUGAAGAAACAGGUUUUUCGCUGAGAGAUUAUUGUAUUUAAAUGGAUCACAGGAGAAAAAACUGCUGCCUGGGGAUUCAGUCUUCCCUGCUGAAAUGUUCCAGCGUGUGAUGAGGCUCAUUAAGUGUGGUGGAGCUAGACCAUUAUAUGUGAGCAGCAGCACUUUAAAAUAAAAAAAAAAUGAGCACUUGCAGGCACUGGUUUUAGAGAGGGUAGUAUUUAAACCAGAGAAAAGGGAAAUUGCAGUAGUCGAGCGUCGAAACGAAGCCACCCUGAUGACGCCACACGUUAAUCAUCCGUCUGAACUCAUUGAGGUGCGUUGGAAUUUCGGCUCCAGAUGAUUCAGACAGUCAUCACACAUGUUCUUACAGGCAUUCAUCCUUUCUGCUUAUUUCAUUUAUUUUUGUGUGGGCAGUGGUUCCCAACCUGAGGCGUGAGACCCCCCGACAGGGUGGCAAAAUAAUCUGAGGGGUCACAAGGUGGAUAACAAGAUAGGAAAUAAGAGAAAAAUCUAAUUUCUGCAACACAAAUGACCUCUUUUGUUUAAAUUUGCUUGUUUUAUUGUGAAAUAUUAUCUUGUUUCUGAUGUUCAUUGCUAGUAAACGUCCAUAAAUCUGCUUAAAAUCAUGGGGGGGGAAUAUUCAUAAUGUGGAAACAACAUGGACGCUACAAAGACGAUGUGUUGUAUUUUAUUGCUCAGAGCGUUUAAACAUGUUGAUAGCUCUUUCCCGUAUUUACCUGACUUAAUAGGUCAACGUUAAUAAAUAACUUUUCUAACUAA